AUGCCAACUAUGCCCCGAAAGCUUCGGCUGGAGGGCGGGAAAGCGCACGGCGACCACGCGGACCGCGACGAUGGUGGGAUCCGAUCCCAACGGCGCCUCCGGCGAGGACUCCAGGAAGCGGUGGGUCGCCCGCAAGGCGGGGCCGUAGAGCUCCCCAUACGCGGCGCGAGCCGCCGCCUCGACAAAGUGAAGGGCAUCCCGGGUAAGGUACGGCGUGUAGGUCCGGCGCAUCGCCUCCAGCUCCUCCGCCGCGGCGGCCUCGGAGGCCCAUCGGGGCUCCGCCGCCUGCGCGAGGGUCGGAGGCCGCAGAAGCGAUGA